CCUGUCGUUUCAUUGGGUCCACCCCGCAAAUAGGCUUCCUCUUUCACUGAUCACACAUGGCGCCGAAGGGAAAGUCUAAAGAGACCAAGGCUAGUGCCAAGAGCACUGAAACCUCCAAGGCUCAGAAAGCCAAGAAGGCUGUCCUUAAAGGUGUUCAGAAGACAUCUCUCAAGAAGAUCAAGACAACUGUCAAAUUUCAUCGACCCAAAACUCUUAGGCUUCAAAGGAACCCCAAGUAUCCUAGAAUCUCUGCUCCCAGACCAAACAAGCUUGAUCACUAUGCUAUCAUCAAGCAUCCUUUGACAACUGAGUCUGCGAUGAAGAAGAUUGAAGACAAUAAUACUCUGGUUUUUAUUGUGGAUGUUAAAGCCAACAAAGCUCAGAUCAAAGCAGCUGUUAAGAAGCUGUACGAUAUUGAUGUCUCCAAGGUCAACACUCUUAUCAGACCUGAUGGUCAGAAGAAAGCUUAUGUUAGGCUUGCUCCAGAUUAUGAUGCUUUAGAUGUAUCAAACAAGAUUGGUAUCAUCUAAACAGAUAGUCUAUGGGUGGUUGAAGCAGAGAAAAUAAAAUUUCUAAUUAUGAUCAA